CGGGAGGCCCGGGUUCGAUUCCCGGCCAAUGCAGCUGCUACUUUUCCUCUUUUUUUUUCUCAGUUCCUUAUUUGUCCUUCCUUUUCCGCUUCCGUUCCGGCCGCCAAAUCCUCCUUCAGCUCCACCGGGUCUCGCCCUGCUGUUCCUCCGCCGUGUCCCGCUGGGCUGCGGGUGCCCGGGGGUAGCGGGAGGAUCCUCGGGGAGGCCGCGCCGGGGAGGACAAGAUGGAGGUAAAAGAUGCAAAUGCUGCAUUGCUGAGUAACUUUGAGGUGUACCAGUUACUUACUGAUCUCAAGCAGCAGCGUAAAGAGAGUGGCAAAACCAAGCAGAGCUCUGGGCAGCAGAAUCUGAACACAAUCAUGUAUGAGACACUGAAGUACAUUUCAAAAACACCCUGCAGGUACCAGAGUCCUGAGACUGUCAGAGAGUUCCUGGUAGCAAUGAAAGACCAUAAAUUAACCAAGGCAGAAAAGCUGCAGCUGCUGAACCACAGGCCUGUGACUGCAGUGGAAAUCCAGCUGAUGGUGGAAGAAAGCGAGGAGAGGCUGACAGAGGAGCAGAUCGAGUCACUCCUCCAGACAGUCACCAGCAUCCUGCCAGGGGAUCCAGAGGAACAGCAGAGAGACUCAGCAAUGGCAACAGAAGACAAAGGUGACCAGGCAUAGGAGGCACCUGGCAGCAGUUUCAGAAGAGAACCAGCUGAUACCAGUCUGGGUUUGAUACCAGUUCAAUCCUGUGUUGGACAUAACUGUAAAAUAUAUUCAAAUUUUUAUGACUUGGAGGUGAUGAGGGAACCAACUGUUCACAAGCAAGCAGGGAAAAGGACAUUAUUGUUUGGGUGUUUUGUCAUAAACAGGGGUGACAGUGCCAGAGUUUGCAGUGGAGCAGCCUGAGGAGUGCUGGGGCUCAGCAUCUUUUGGGAUUUUUCCAUUUCCCAUGGAAGGACAGCUGGACAUUUGAAUAGGCAGUGUUUGAAUCAGCAUAGCAGUGCUGCAGUGGGAAUUCCUUUCAGAAGCUUUGCAAUUGCCCAAGUGCCUUCCAGAGCAGGAGCUGCCAUGCAAAGCAAAUUUUUGGGGCCCUUUGCAGAGCUGAGCACAGGCAGGGAUGUACAGGAGCUGCUUAGGGUCUGGCCAGGCACUCCCAAAUCGUGGCAUCCUGGAAUUGAGAGGAUCUGAGGGAGGGCAAUUUAAGGAUGUCUGACAGUCCCUCCUCAAGAAAAGAAAUCCAGAUCACCCUGCAAAUUGCACUGAAUUCAGAGGGGUUGAAGCUGUGAAAUCAAAGCUCAGCAGAAUAUUGAGGUGUCUCUUUUCCCUCUGAACAUUUAUUCCAAUAUUUACACACAGACAAGGCACUCCUGUGAUGGAGGAAUAAAUGAGCCAACACUGAGCCCCUAAUCUGGUUUGGAAAAACAAGAGUCAGUCCUGGAUGAAGCAGAAUUUCCUGAGCUUUUUUGUCUGAUUAAGGAUUUCAGGAUCAAGUAUUUCAUGUUGAAAGCCUUGGUGAUUAUAAUAAAUCAUUUGUGUGUGAGUAUCCACACACAGUCAGCCACUGGUUUCUGUUGUGGCUGCAGACCAUUCUUUUAUAAUUAUGAUGAUGUACUGGAAAUAGAAAUAAAAUUUUAAGUACA